GCUGAGAAAAGCUCUGCUGGAGCCACAGGAGCUGGGCCAUGGAGCAGUACUUCUCGGCCACACAGAAGAUGGAGCAGGAGGUGAUGUUUCCCAGCCUGCUCCGAGGGGUCUUCCUGGAGCCCGACGAGGCCUCCCCCACUGCCAGUGGUCGCAAGGACCUGUACGAGCACUACCAGCUCCUGAAGUCCAUCAAGCCUGUGGUGGAGAGAGGCCUGGGGUCCGUCACCGAGCACAGCCUGCCCAGCGCCAGCAUGCACAAAGCCCCAGACGACGAUGCAGACACUGAUCUGGAAGAACGCCUGUCCCACCACCUCAACGGCUUGCAGCAGGUGCUCACCCACCUCACCAGAGACGCCAACGCCCUCACCCGACGGUACAGCCAAAUCCUCGAGCAGAUCAACCUCAGUGAAGGGCAGCCCAGCUGGUGAACCUGACCCUCCAUCUCCAAGGCCAACUCAUCCUCCGUGCACUGAGGCAGCUCAUCCCUGACCACCAGUGCUGCUGCACAACGGCAAUGGUUUUGACCCUGGGAAAACCACAUUGGCUGUCGUCCCCAUAUGAAGAAUCAUCUGCCAUCUUUUUGGAGGUCCAUCAGAAGAGCUCCGUGGCUCCAGACAUAUCUCUUUAUUUUCAAAGAGCAGCAUGCUAACAACCGCAUUGCACUACUGCACUGAGAACUCUGCCAGGCCCUUGUAAAUGCUGAACCCCUUCUCCAGCUGGUACCUGGACUUUGAGGGGAGUUUCCCCCCCUCCUUGCUAAUAAAACUAUUGCCUUGAAGGCUCUUGUGA